GCUACCCGUUUAUUUACUGCGUUACACAUCUCCAUGUGAUUACCUCCGUCUGGACGACAAGAUGCCGAAGUCGUGUGCCUUUCUGAAACAAUUGUUGGUGAAGGAUGCGGAGGAUUUUGUCGUUGUGGAGGUUCUUGGAGAUGAUGGGGCGUUUCAGUGUGGCAAAGCAGUAGCCCGUUCCACAAGCCGAGUACUCGUGGAUUUUCGAUGUGCGGGCAGACGGCUCGAAUGGGUUCCUUUGGACCAGGUCUUCUUAUCCCGAGUUGAUUUCUAUACUUCAAAAGCGCCACUUACCACGUUCUACGGCAAUCAAGGGUGCAACGAUCCGGUGGAGGUGCCGAUGCAACACAGCCCAACGGAGCCUUGGAAGUGGUACCCCGCCACAGCCCUCGUCUAUGACUGGUGCUAUCGUCAGUUCGGCUGGGUCACCAUCCAUUAUCUUAGCGGGGACGUCAACACCGUGGUUCCAUACGACCGCAUCCGACUUCAUGCGCCGAGGGUGUCGUUGGCCGACGGUGCACAAGAGAAACUGGAACGCGGGCAGUUGGAGGAAAUGUUGCAGUUUUAUAGUAAAUCCGUGCUCCGCCUUUUGGAGGACGAGAAUUCCAGCACUACUCCUAUCAACAGUAGGAAGCGUCGACGCGGGCACGAAUUCCUGACCAGGCCAAAACGCUGGAAGGGAGAGCUGUGCUGCAGCGGCUCCUCAGCGUCACCGGUGCAGAAAAAACCGUCGGCCCUUGACGUAUAUGACGCACUUCAGUGUCUGCCCGCGAAAAUCCUAACAGAAACGUUCCAGUAUCUGUGCACCGUUGCUCAGGGCCGGCUGCGGGCCGUGUGCGCUGCCUGGAACGACCUCCUCACAUCGGCGGCCGUCAAAAGUCUGCUGCACAUUCGGUUCCCAUCAGAGAGCAACUCCAAUCGCCCACGUUCAUCUUCCCCGGACAACGUUUAUAUUCCUGUGGCCGGCCUGCAUCAUUGUUGGAGUAACCGCAGUGUCGCCAUUGUGGGCUCACCUGUUGCGGAUAUCAGACAGGCAACCCGGCUGAAGUGCUUGCCCUGGUGUGAUGGACUGUUUCUCCGUCAGAUCAUGCAAGGAGGAGCGGAGAAAUUUCCCAGCCAUCUGAUUGUAAAGGAUAUUAGCUGCGUCCAUUAUCUGGAUACCUUCGAAGAUUACAUUACCACGAUUCACACAGUCUUUGACUCCCUGGCGAGGAUCUGUCGUACGCUAACCGUAAAGAACCGUAAAGAACCGUAAAGAUUUUCUUGUCUGCUAUGGACGGAUGCCUGCUGAUUACUAUCCGCAUCCCGUUUGCCCGGAUGAACAGCGACCGGCGUCUGACUGUCGCUGACUGGUGGGACAUGAUCGAACAAGCCUGUCCGCUGCUGGAUGACCAACAGAAGAACCUCGUAUCCACUGCACUUGUGGAGGGUGAACGAAAUACGUUCUGGUCGUCGUUAGACUCGGUCGUCAGCAGCCGGCAUGCUAAGGAUCCUCGGAAGUCCACUUUUUGGAAGCCGCUGGAUGAUGUUAACCGGCUGUCCCGCAUGGUUCAGUACCUCAUGUACUGCGUAUUAGCCGAAGCGGAACUGAUCUUUGAAGUGGCCUGUCCCGCUUCCAAGUUCUCUCCCAUUUAAUGCGAUAGAAUUGCCAACAGGGCACAAGCUGGUCGACUAACUAUGGACAACGCGUUCUUGCUCAUUUCCCGUUUUCUUACUUGUUCAUUAAUUGUUUGAUGUUUGAACCGGGCGAACCUGUUGAGACGCUUUUUGAUUUUGGCUGACUUGAGGGCUAAAAGAGCAAUGGAAAUGCAGUAACGGUUGA